GAUCAUGCUGAUUGUUACAUCUCACUCUCAAUGUGGAUAAAGAAAUCUUUUAUAACACGCAUCUUAUUAUAUCUUAUUUAUAAAAUAAAACAAAUAAUUAUGACGUGUCCGUGGUAUUUACAUAAAGUAAGCAAUAAAGUAAACAUGUGCAGGUGAUUUUAUAACUGCUCAAACCGGACAAAUCUAUAAAAACGGAGCGAUGUACCAGCUCGUCAUCACAUCAUCAGAGAACCCAGGAUUAGCUAUCGAAUCAAGCUACCGAUCUCAACCUCGGCCUCAACGACGACAUCAUCAACAGACAUGGCUAAGUUUUUAAGAGCAGUUCUUAUGUUGGUCUCUUCAGCCCAGCUGUCUCUCUCGGCUACGGUGGUGGCACAGCAAGCACGUAGCACCCAAUCAAGACCAGCGUUUUGUAAGGGUCUAGAGUGUCCGGAGUUCACCACUGUCCAUUCAGCUGAGGGAUAUGAUGAACGUCAGUACAGCGAAUCAAAAUGGGUUAGCACUGAAAUUAUGAGCAUGGAUUACGAAUCCGCGAAAAGCCAAGGAUUCGAUCGGCUUUUCAACUACAUCGACGGUCACAAUGACCAGAAGCAAAAGGUUGCCAUGACUGCACCAGUCGCUACCCGUGUCAUCCCGGGCCAGGGCCCCGCUUGUGAGAGCAACUUCACCGUAUCAUUCUUCAUCCCGGCUCAACACAGCGCCAACCCACCCAUUCCAAGCGAUUCCGAUGUCUUCUUUAGUACUAUCCCAGCUCAUCGUGCAUACGUCAAAUCUUUUGGUGGUUUCGCCUCCCAGAACGACUGGAUCCAGGCCGGUACAGAACUCGGCCAGGCUUUGGAAACCGCUUCUAAAACAUACGAUGGUUCUUACUUUUACACUGCCGGUUAUGACGGCCCUUACACAAUCUUCAACCGACACAACGAGGUCUGGUUCACCGCCAACUAAAGACUAAUCUUCAGCUAGAAAAAUGCCGGGAGCCUGUUUCACCAAACUUGUCAUGAUAACAUAUUUAAAGCUUUUGCCAAAUGAGUACUGCAAUCAUUCGAUUGAUAAAACUUGCUAAUGAUUUUGUUAUUAUUACAAGUCUAUAAGAAACGGGAUCCUGCAUGAUCUAAUAUAAAUUAAGUGUUUUUAUGUUUGUACAUUAUUUUUCUUGAUAUUGAUUACUUCAACAAGUCAUAAAACAGUAUGAAUAUAAUAUCUUGUAAAUAGAAUUAUUUAAUAAAUUUAUGCGAAAAAACAA